UAGGUUCGGGGAGUCAGAUAAUGUUCACACGACAGACACGCAAUGAUUCAAUGAAAACUACAGACAUUUCUAGCUUCGUUGGUCGAAUUCAUGUGAUAUCUGCUGUUAACCGCAUGACAAAUUGGGUGACUGAGCGAGCGACAGAUGAGUGACCGCACGGACACCCAGCUUUUUCACCUGGUGGACAUCUGAACUCUGGAAGAGUGAGGUGUGUGAGGAAGAUGCUGGGCUCAGAGCAGGGAGGAGUGGUGGAGGAAUGGUUGUCAGAAUUCAAGACUCUACCAGAAACCCACAUCUCCACCUAUGCAGGCAGCCUUCACCUGAAGAAGUCUCUGGUGCCAGCUCUCUACAGAGUCAUCCAGGACAGCAGCAGUGAGCUCCUUGAGCCUGUCUGUCACCAGCUGUUUGAGAUGUACCGGAGCUCUGAGGACCGCCUGAGACGCUUCACACUGCAGUUCCUUCCAGAGCUGGUCUGGGUGUACCUCCGCAUCACCGCCAGCAGAGACCGCCAGAGCAACGGCUGCAUAGAGGCCUUGCUGCUGGGCAUAUACAACCUGGAGAUUGUGGACAAAGAUGGGAACAGCAAGCUCCUGUCGUUCACCAUCCCCUCCCUGUCCAAGUCCUCUGUGUAUCACGAGCCCUCCAGUCUGGGCUCCAUGGGUCUGACCGAGGGAGCUCUGAGUCAUCAUGACCUCAUCAGGGUCGUCUACAGCGGGCUGCACCCUCAGAGAGAAACUUUCACUGCCCAGAACAGGUUUGAAGUGCUGUGUUUCCUCAUGUUGUGCUACAACUCUGCUGUGGUCUACAUGCCUCUCUCCUCCUACCAGUCUGUCUGCAGGAUGAGCUCACGGUUGUGUGUAUGUGGUUUCCCGCAGCAGCAGCAGAAAGUGUGGAGAGAGCCGUGUAACCGUGUGGUCCUGGACCCAGAGUUCAUGGUCCAGAUGCUUACCGCCGUGUACCAUGCCAUAUAUAAUGGCGAGUGGGAGAUGGGGAAGGAAGCUCUGGAAGAUAUCCUCUACAGAGCUCAGCUGGAACUCUACUCUCAGCCCCUACUGCUGGGUAACGCUAUGAAGAGUUCCCUGCCAGACAACGCUCCAGAUGAGACACGAGGCAGGAAGGUCCUUCAGGUGGAGGUCACUCCAACCGUCAGUCGCAUCUCCCGCUCCGCCAUCACUGCUGCAUCCAUCAGACGCCAUCGCUGGAAGAGAGAGGAUGCUGAUGGGAUGAGUGUAGGUGAGGAGUCAUUCAACCUCAACGACCCAGACGAGGGUUUCUCCUCAGGGGCUUCCAACAGCAGCCAGCCCAGCGCCACCAAGCCUGGGGGCCCCGGGCCCCGGGGGGGCAGUCAGAAGAGCAGCAGCGUCAAGAAGACUGUCACUGCCAGACUGUCCCGAGAGAGAGAGCGGGAGCUGAUGCAUAGGGAGAAGGAGAUGGAGAAGAUGAAAGACCAGGAGAGAGCGAGGGAGAAGGAGAGAGAGCUGGAGAGAUGGAGGGAGAAGGAGAGGCAGAGAGAGAGGGUGGCGGAGAGUCGCAGGGAGCUGUUCUCUGCCGUGGUGGCCACUCCCACAGCAGCUCUGAGACGACGUCAGCAAACACAGACCCCUUCCCCUGCUCCUCCCCCCGUCACCAUGGACACCAUCGACAUCGAGCUCAGCCCAAUCAAGAAGCAGCAGUCCUUCCCUGGCCCCUCCCCCAGCCCCUCCCCCGGCACACUGGUCCGAACAGCCAGCUCCGCCUCCUCCAAGUCGUUGUAUGAAGGUGUGAACAUGAACCUGAACGGCAGCAUUAGCAGCCUGGGGGGGGCUCUGGGAGGUUCUGGGGGGCUGGGGGGGGCUCUGGGAGGUUCUGGGGGGCUGGAGGGGGCUCUGGGAGGGCUGGGUGCCAGCGUGGGAGGAGGGACCCACCGCUACUCCACCAUCAGCCUGCAGGAGGAGGUGCUGGCCCGGCCUGAGGAGAACCAGGAGCUACUCUCCUCGGGAGCGCCCCUCACCAAGCAGUCCCGCUCCCCCAGCUUCAACAUGCAGAUCAUAUCACAGGUGUAGCCUAGCCUGGUGGGGUUGGCGGGGGGGCCUGGCAGGGUGGGACCUGGUGGGGAGGUAGACUCGCGCACACACAUAUAGACACACACAAAUUAAUACAUGCAUAUAUAUACAGGUGUGUGUAUAUAUAUGUGUGUGUGUGUGAUAUAUAUAUAUAUAUACACACACACACACACACACACACAUCUCACACCCAGCAGUCGGUCUCUGUUUCCUAUUGUUCCGACUGGAACCCCACCCCCUGUAUGGCUGGACCCCACCCCCUGUAUGGCUGAACCCCACCCCCUGUAUGGCUGGACCCCACCCCCUGUAUGGCUGGACCCCACCCCCUGUAUGGCUGGACCCCACCCCCUGUAUGGCUGAACCCCACCCCUUGUUUGGUUGAAUGGCCACUAAGCCCAGGGUCUUCUGCCCUGUAGAGAGAGAGAGACUAAUGUUUUGACAAAUAGCAGAGGGCUUUUGUCUUCAUGUUCAAUUGUAUACAUAGUCAAUCUAUUUGAAACUUGCUGUCUUCAACAGCAGUAACUGAGAAUGGGAGUGUAUAGUCUUCCAGACUUCCACUACCUAGAGUUAGGGUUCUGUCCUACUGCUAUCCUGGGUCGGUCUCCCUGAAGGAACACACCAUUCCACCUCUGACAGACAAAGCCACAGAAACACACCAUUCCACCUCGGUGACAGGCAGAGACCCACAGAAACACACCAUUCCACCACUGUGACAGGCAGAGACCCACAGAAACACACCAUUCCACCUCUGUAGCAGGCAGAAACACACCAUUCCACCUCUGACAGACAAAGCCACAGAAACACACCAUUCCACCUCUGACAGACAAAGCCACAGAAACACACCAUUCCACCUCUGUAGCAGGCAGAGACCCACAGAAACACACCAUUAGACAGCAGCAGGACAACACACCAUUAGACAGCAGCAGGACAACACACCAUUAGACAGCAGCACACCAUUAGACAGCAGUAGGACAACACCAUUAGACAGCAGCAGGACAACACCAUUAGACAGCAGCAGGACAACACACCAUUAGACAGCAGUAGUUCAACACCAUUAGACAGCAGUAGGACAACACCAUUAGACAUCAACACACCAUUAGACAGCAGUUGGGCAACACACCAUUAGACAGCAGCAGGACAACACCAUUAGACAGCAGCAGGACAACACCAUUAGACAGCAGUAGGACAACACACCAUUAGACAGCAGUAGGACAACACACCAUUAGACAGCAGUAGGACAACACCAUUAGACAGCAGCUGGACAACACCAUUAGACAGCAACACACCAUUAGACAGCAGUAGGACAACACCAUUAGACAACAGUAGGACAACACCAUUAGACAGCAACACACCAUUAGACAGCAGCAGGACAACACACCAUUAGACAGCAGUAGGACAACACCAUUAGACAACAGUAGGACAACACCAUUAGACAGCAACACACCAUUAGACAGCAGCAGGACAACACACCAUUAGACAACAGCAGGACAACACACCAUUAGACAGCAGUAGGACAACACCAUUAGACAGCAAAACACAAUUAGACAGCAGCAGGACAACACCAUUAGACAGCAACACACCAUUAGACAGCAGCAGGACAACACCAUUAGACAGCAGCAGGACAACACCAUUAGACAGCAACACACCAUUAGACAGCAGCAGGACAACACCAUUAGACAGCAGCAGGACAACACCAUUAGACAGCAGCAGGACAACACCAUUAGACAGCAACACACCAUUAGACAGCAGCAGGACAACACCAUUAGACAUCAACACACCAUUAGACAGCAGCUGGACAACACACCAUUAGACAGCAGCUGGACAACACCAUUAGACAGCAGCUGGACAACACCAUUAGACAGCAGCAGGGCAACACACCAUUAGACAGCAGCAGGACAACACCAUUAGACAGCAGUAGGACAACACCAUUAGACAGGAGUAGGACAACACCAUUAGACAGCAGUAGGGCAACACACCAUUAGACAGCAGCAGGACAACACCAUUAGACAACAGUAGGGCAACACCAUUAGACAGCAGUAGGGCAACACACCAUUAGACAGCAGCAGGACAACACCAUUAGACAGCUGCAGGGCAGCACACCAUUAGACAGCAGUAGGAGAACACCAUUAGACAGCAGUAGGACAAUACCAUUAGACAGCAACACACCAUUAGACAGCAACACACCAUUAGACAGCAGCACACCAUUAGACAGCAGCAGGACAACACACCAUUAGACACCAACAGGGCAACACACCAUUAGACAGCAGUAGGACAACACCAUUAGACAGCAGCACACCAUUAGACAGCAACACACCAUUAGACAGCAACACACCAUUAGACAGCAGCAGGACAACACACCAUUAGACAGCAACACAC